CCCAUUCACACAAGACAGAAGAUGUCCUGGUUCCCCACCAACUUCCAGAACGCUGCUGGGAUGGACUCGUCUAACAGGAAAGUCCUGGUGCUGGUUUUGAUGUUGCUGCUGUCUCGACUGGCCUGUGAUGCUCAAAGCGUGUCUGAAUGCUGCAGACAACCAACUCGCUCCUGUCGCCUCUCACGGUUCCUGUGUCGCUCUGGCAGCAAAAACUUUGGGGGAGCGCUCCCAGGAGACGCCGUCGCUGGCAUCCUCACUCUGGGCAAGCGAAAGGAUGAUGAGCACAACUUGCAGAGCCGGCUCCAGCAGCUCCUCCAAGGCUCCAGGAAUCAGGCAGCAGGGAUCCUGACUAUGGGGAAGAGGAAUGCAGAGAGGGCUGGAGAGCACUACAUGGACUGGAUGGCUCGGUCAGGAUCGACCAUCACAACGCCACUACCUGAUUCAAGUUAA